AUGGCUGACCACCUUGGCUCUACGCUCGACUCGACAUAUACCCUCUACGACACCACCGACCAGAAGGACGCCGACACCAUCCGCUCCUUCGCCAUCAAGACCAACCUCACUAUCCCCUUCACCCUCAAGGCGAAGAACAAGCAAAGUGUGUUCAAGCCUCACCACCUCCAUGCUCUCAUCGACUCGGGAGCCUUCAACAACUUCAUCGACAUCAACUUCGCUAAGGCCCUCAAACUCCAGAUGGCUAGCGUUCCUCCACGAGACCUGGUUCUGCUCGACGGCGCUGGACGCAAGAGCACAAUCGACAAAGAGGUCUUCGUGUGUAUCCAGCUGAAAGACUUCGGCCCCCAGUGGAUAAACUUUGCCGUUACCUCCCUGUUCACGUUCCCAACCGUGCUAGGCCUCCCGUGGCUUAGGGAACAUGACCCCUUCGUCUCUUGGGCUCGUAUGUCCAUUAGACCAUGCUUUUAUCGACCGGAAUUCGACCUCAAGACUCCGACAACGACACCGACAAGAAAACUGGAACUGAGUUCCAGUUUCCCCCCGACACCGACACCGACACCGAAAUCGACAACUAGGACCCCGACAUCAGACCUUGGCUCUCGACUGGAGCAAGGUUUACCGAGUAGCCGCGCUGCCGCUAGCUCGAAGAUUGGCCGCGCCGCCGCCAAUACCACGAAGAGGCCAGGAUCACCCCGGCAAGGUGAAGCCUCUAUUCCGACCAGCAAGAGGAACCGUAACAACUCGAAGAUCACUCUUAGAUCUGACACUGGCUUCGAGUUCACUCGGUUUGGGCGCCUCUUGCCUCCGUUCGACUACGUUCGAAACUACGACACCCACGACUUGGGUUACGACAGCGACUCCGACACCGAGAUCGCUUAUGACACUGCGCGGGGUGGGUCCCCCGACGCCUACGACACUGCACAGGAAGGGUCUCCUGAUGCUUACGAUUCAGAGGACGCAAUGCCGCCUCCUCUCUCCGACUUCGCACUGGGAGCACUGGUUUCACGGGCAGCCAGUUUGCUCUGCAGUGGGGCAGAUGCCACCGACGACACUGCCUUCGUUCCUCAAGAAUAUCACGACUACCUCGACGUCUUCAGCAAGACAGAGGCCGACAAACUCCCUCCACACCGACCUUUCGACCACCACAUCCCUCUCCAGGACGGCAAGACGCCUCCUUUCGGCCCCAUCUAUUCCCUCUCGGAAAAAGAACUUGGCGUUCUUAGGGAAUACCUGGACGAGAACCUAGCCAAAGGGUUCGUCGUCCCCUCCGAGUCCCCAGCCGCGGCACCCAUCUUAUUUGUCAAAAAGAAGGAUGGCUCCCUCCGGCUCUGCGUGGACUACCGCGGUCUCAACAAAAUCACCAUCAAGAACCGCUAUCCGCUUCCCCUUAUCUCUGAGCUACUCGACAGACUCAGGAAGGCGAAGAUCUUCACGAAGAUCGACCUGCGAGGAGCUUACAACCUGCUCCGCAUCGCAGAUGGCGACGAAUGGAAAACCGCUUUCCGCACUCGCUACGGUCUCUUCGAGUAUAAGGUCAUGCCCUUUGGCCUUACCAACGCCCCCGCCAGCUUCCAACACCUCAUGAACCACAACUUCCGGGACAUGCUCGAUGACUUUGUCAUUUGCUACCUCGACGACAUCCUAGUGUUCUCAAACACUGUCGAGGAGCACACGGAGCAUGUCAAGCGGGUCCUCCAACGCCUCCGAGACAUAGGUCUUUACGCCAAGGCCUCGAAGUGUGAGUUCCACACCGACUCCGUGGAAUUCCUCGGCUUCGUCAUCUCUGACAAAGGCAUUGGAAUGGACCAGAAGAAGGUUCAGACUAUCCUCGACUGGCCUAAACCGUGCAACCUGCACGACAUAAGGUCUUUCCUUGGAUUCUGCAACUUCUAUCGCCGCUUCAUCAAGGGCUACUCCACCGUGGCCAAUCCCCUCAUCCGCCUCACUCGCAACGAUGUCCCAUUCACUUGGACGAACAUCGAACAGGAAGCUUUCGACAGCCUCAAGAACAAGUUCACGCUUGCAGGCUUUACCCACCACUACGACCCUGAAUUACCUCUGGUCCUCGAGACCGACGCCUCCGACUUUGCCAUUGCAGGUGUCCUCUCGCAUGAAGUCGAUGGAAUUCUGGUCCCCAUCGCCUUCUUCUCUAGGAAGCUCUCCCCGGCAGAGCUCAACUAUGAGAUCCACGACAAGGAGAUGCUGGCCAUCGUGGCAUGCUUCAAGGAAUGGCGUCACUACCUUGAAGGAGCAGCUCACAAGGUUACGGUCUACACCGACCACCGCAGCCUUGAAUACUUCACGACAUCAAAGCAGCUCAAUCGACGGCAGGCUCGCUGGUCUGAGUUCCUGUCCGAGUUCGACUUUGUUGUCGUCUACCGCCCUGGCGUCAAAGGCACGAAGCCUGAUGCCCUCACUCGACGACCCGACUACCACCCUCAAGACAAAGGAUCAAGCCUAUCGACAACCGCCAACCCGCAAAACUUCAAGCCUCUCUUAGGACCUCGACAAUACCUCGCCACAUCGACAAACAUCAACAUGACCUCCGACAUCGUGUUGCGCCUCAAGAACCUCAUGGAGAAGGAUCCCGACAAGGAAUUCUACCACGAAGAAGCUCAACGACCCAGCAACCGGACCUUCACCUACGACGACAAUGGUCUGGUCAUGCACACCGACAGAUGGGUCGUUCCCCGCGACAACGAGCUUCGCCUUCAACUGGUAAAGGAAGUCCAUGACCACCCGACCGCAGGACACCCUGGACAGCGCAAGACGCUCCAGCUUCUCCAGCGCAACUACUGGUGGCCGCACAUGAAGGGCUGGGUCAACAACUACAUCGACACUUGCCACGAGUGCAAGCGAGCCAAAGCUCGUCGACACAGCCCCUACGGAUUCCUAAAGCCUCUGCCAGUUCCCCCGUAUCCAUGGUCCUCCGUGUCCAUGGACCUCAUUGAAGGACUGCCCAAGUCCAAUGGCUUCGAUUGCAUCCUCGUCAUAGUCGACCGCUUGACGAAGAUGGCAAUCUUCAUCCCGACAACUAAGGACCUCACCGCCGAGGACUUAGCCUGGCUCUACAUCAAGCACGUCUUCUCUCGGCAUGGCCUCCCGCAAACUAUUGUCUCCGACCGAGGCAGUGAGUUUGACUCUCGAUUCUUCAAGGCUUUCACAAAGCUCCUCGGAAUCGACCUCACCAUGUCCACCACCUACCAUCCCGAGACAGACGGCCAGACAGAGCGUGUCAACCAAUCGCUGGAGCAGUAUCUUCGUCUCUACUGCAACUACAAGCAGGACGACUGGUACUACUUGCUCCCAGUCGCUGAGUUCACCUACAACAACACCCCGCACUCAGCCACGACUGUAUCCCCGUUCUUCGCCAACAAGGGAUACCACCCGCGAAGCCAUUUCACCCCUCAAGACGUCGACCACCACUCUCCUCAAGCAAGGAUUCAAGUCGACGGGCUCUCGGAUCUUCACAACCACCUCCGAGAGCAAAUGCGUGUAGCAGCUGAGACUGCUAAGCAUUUCUACGACAAGCACCGAAGUGAAUCGCCAGACUUCAAGGUCGGCCAGAAGGUCUGGCUCGACGCGUGCAACAUCAAGACCAAGCGGCCUAUGAAGAAGCUUGACCACAUGUACUUCGGCCCCUUCACGAUCAUGAAGAAGCUCUCGCCGGAAGCCUAUCGCCUGGAUCUUCCCGCCUCAAUGAGAGCCCUUACGAACUCCUUCAACGUCAAGUUGCUGGAGCCCUAUGCUCACGAUGAGCAUCUCAAGGACCCAAUCCCCAAUCGCCGUCAACCUCCUCCACCUCCAAUCGAGAUCGACGGAGAGGUUGAAUAUGAAGUGCAAGAGAUUCUCGAUCAUAAGCGAGAUCUGCGCUACAAAGAUCCUGAUCGUUAUCUCAUCCGCUGGCUCGGAUACGAUCAAGACGAGGAUCAAUGGGUUGGGACGGAAGCAUUGGAGAACUCGCAAGACCUCUUGCAUGAGUUCUGGGACAAGCGCAAGAAGUUGCGCACCCAUCAGCUUCCAUAA